AUGGAUGCGUCUUCACAACACCUCAGAGCUGAUUGCAAAGAUAUCGUCACGUUUAGAGGCAAGUUCUAUGCUGUCUUUAUCAAUGGGGACGUAUUCGCUAUCGAUCUGUAUACUCUAGAAACGACUCCUCUGAUUCCUCCACGGAUAGUGGGCUGUGGAAGAUGCAAUUAUCUGGUUCCGUAUGAUGAUGAUGAGCUUUAUCUAGUUGAGAGAAUCAUCGUUCGUAACGGUGUGUUGUGUUUUAGCAAGCUAGCGUGUAGAGUGAGUGUGCUGGAUGAGGAAGCUGGUGAAUGGGUCGUGGUGAGUGAUCUGGGAGAUCGUGUGUUGUUGAUUGGACAACCUGGGAAUAGCUCUGGGAACUGCUCGUGCUCAGCUAAGGAGCUUCCUGAUGGUUGUGGUGUGAGCGGGAGCUCAAUGUUGUUCAUCAAUGAGAUAUUUGACGUAACUUAUCCUUAUAAAUAUGGAGUAGAUACUGGAAACCAUGAAGAUGACUUGAAUGUUUGGAGAUGCUCAAGAGAGACUCGUGUGACGAUCCUCAACAAAUUUCCAAUGGUGGCUAUGAGGUUGGAGCACGCUGAGCCGUGA